AUGGGUCUGGGCCUCCCCUCCGCGAGGGGCCCGCGGGGUCGGCCCUCUGGGUUCUCCCUCCUCUCUGCCGCGGGGGACAGUCGCGCCCUGCAGGGCAAGGACUCGCCCAAGGUCGCGAGCGCGGCGCGGGGGCCCAGCGCCGCCCCCAGCCCGGCCCGGGGGGAGCGCCCGCCGUGCCAGGCGCUGCCGGCGGCGCCGCCGGUGCCGCGGGGCGGGGUCAGCGGAGGGCGGGGCGCGGGGCCCCGCGGCCGCCGACGCCGGCGCCGCGCUCGGGCGGGAGCUCCGCGCACUCCCUCCGCGGCCGCCGAGCCGAGCGGACGCCCUCCCGGCCGCGCCGCAGCCGCGCGCUGCCCCUAUCAUGCCCGGAGCCCGGGCCGGGGCCGGCGCAGCAGCCAGGACACCAUGCCUGCGGGCGGCGGCGGCGCGGAGGGGCCCGCGCGCGCCCCGGACGGCGAGCCGGCGCGGGAGGAGCAGCGACCCCUGAAGCAGUCGCUGGGAAGCUCCCUGUGCCGCGAGUCGCACUGGAAGUGCCUGCUCCUCACGCUGCUCAUCCACGCCUGCGGGGCCGUGGUGGCCUGGUGUCGCCUGGCCACCGUGCCGCGGCUGGUCCUGGGGCCCGAGGCCGCCCUGGCGCGGGGCGGGGGCCCGCCGCCCACCUACCCCGCCAGCCCCUGCUCCGACGGCUACCUGUACAUCCCGCUGGCCUUCGUCUCGCUGCUCUACCUCCUCUACCUGGCCGAGUGCUGGCACUGCCACGUGCGCGCGUGCCAGGCGCCCCGCACCGACGCGGGCACGGUGCUCGCCCUGAUCCGCCGGCUGCAGCAGGCGCCGCCCUGCGUGUGGUGGAAGGCCACCAGCUACCACUACGUGCGCCGCACGCGCCAGAUCACGCGCUACCGCAACGGCGACGCCUACACCACCACGCAGGUCUACCACGAGCGCGCCGACAGCCGCACGGCCCGCGGCGAGUUCGACUACUCGGCCCACGGCGUCCGCGACGUGUCCAAGGAGCUGGUGGGCCUGGCUGACCACGCGGCCACGCGCCUGCGCUUCACCAAGUGCUUCAGCUUCGGCAGCGCCGAGGCCGAGGCCUCGUACCUCACGCAGCGCGCCCGCUUCUUCGGCGCCAACGAGGGCCUGGACGACUACCUGGAGGCGCGCGAGGGCAUGCACCUGAAGGACGUGGACUUCCGCGACUCGCUCAUGGUCUUCGCGGACCCGCGCAGCCCGCCCUGGUACGCGCGCGCCUGGGUCUUCUGGCUGGUGUCGGCCGCCACGCUGUCCUGGCCGCUGCGCGUCGUGGCCGCCUACGGCACGGCCCACGUGCACUACCAGGUGGAGAAGCUGUUCGGCGCCAGCUCCCCGCCGCCCGGGGCCGUGCCCAGCGGGCCCCCGCUGUCCCGCGUGGCCACGGUGGACUUCACCGAGCUCGAGUGGCACAUCUGCUCCAACCGGCAGCUGGUGCCCAGCUACUCGGAGGCCGUGGUCAUGGGCGCCGGCUCGGGCGCCUACCUCCGCGGCUGCCAGCGCUGCCGCCGCUCUGUCAGCAGCAACUCGCUGCCCCCGGCCCGGCCCAGCGGGCCCCGCCUGCCCUUCAGCCGCAGUCGCCUCUCUCUGGGAGCCGGGGGCCGGGCCACCCCCGGGGUCUUCCGAAGCCUAAGCGGGGGGCCGCUGGGGCGCCACGGAGAGGACACGGAGCCCCUGGAGAGCCCCCCCUGCUACGAGGACGCCCUUUACUUCCCGGUGCUCAUUGUCCACGGCGACAGUGGCUGCCGGGGGGACGGGCAGGGCGCGCUCUGAGACCCCCGCGGCCCCCCGGAGCGGCUCCCCUCCCCACCAUCCCACCAGGGGCUUCGAUGCCCCCGUAACUGUUGUCCCAGACAGGGGGGAUGGAGACCAGCUUGGCGGGGUGGGGGCGGGGUGGAGCCCUCAAAUGCAGUGACCCGGGGUCCUCUGGGGGGUGCGUGGACACCACCAAAGCUGAGUCUGACCCAUCCCAGCAUGGCCCCCCACUUCCACCGUGUUCCGCCCCCUGCCUUGGCAGAUGAUCUGUCUUGGGGACCUCUCAGGCUGGAUGGGGGAGGAAGUUUCCAGAAAGCCAGGGGAGGGGGAGGCGUCCUGGGGAACAGCCGUUGCCUCAGCAAAAGGCCAUCAAGCCCUCAUGCCACCCAGAAGCACAAAUUGGCGGGCUGGGGCCACGCCUAGCCCCGCUGGCCUCCAUGACGCUGACCAGCGGGCGUUGGCAGCACCAUGGCGCAGCCUCGGCCCCACCACACGCCCAAAGGCCCCGACUCCUCCCCCAACGGGCCCCUCCCUGCCUGCCCUGCCCCUGGGGACCCCGGUGGUCAGACCUCGUAGUGGGCCCCUUGAGGGGGAGCCUGGUUCUUGGAGCACAGCCUUGCCCCACCCCCAUCCCUGCAGUUUUCCCCGGCGCACCUCCCCGACAUCCAGCCCCGCUUCAACCCGGGGCUCCUUCUCAGGGCCCGCCUCAGUCCCGCACCCUCUGGUCUCUGCCUGGCCCCCCGAAGUCCACCUCCCGCCAGCCACGCACCUACCCUCCGGACUCUGCCCCCUCAUGGCCCCGCUUCUCUGCUCUUCACCCUCCCCAUGACCCCCGGGUCAGGGCAUCCGAGGGGCCACAGCCUCUUGGACGAUGCCCUUGCUGUCCCACGGGGUCCCUGGGUGGGGCCUGGCCCAGGGGACCCCCCUCCCCCAGGGAGGAGAGCGUCCCUUCCCUUCCAUGUGGGACUCCCGCCCGCUCAGGGGCCGGCGGGGGAGGGCCGAGGAGAGAAGACGCAGAUCAAAUAAAAGGUGUGAAACGGAAGGUGUCGGUGCGUUC